AAUGUCCUUACUAUAGUUAGGUUUAAUAGGUUAUUUGUAUAUGUCUUAGUAGGAGCUAAAGGGUUAAUAAAUAACAUGUCCCUAAUAAAGCAAGUAAUUAGUAGAUUGUUUAUAGUACCAGAGGGCUAUUAUUACCUUAGUAAUACUAGAUUUACUUGUAGCAAUAGGAUAGUGACUUUAUACCUAGGCAAAAGGUAUUACCUUAAAGAGUUUACUAAGGGCAGU